AUGCAACAAUAUUCUAGGAGUGAAGUGUUUGACUGGUGUAUAAGGAAGGGAGUAACUCCUGAAAGGAGUUUUGUAUUGAUGGGGGAUCUCACAGACACCACUGAUGGUACAAUUAUGACAGAGAUGUUGUUUCUCUUUGGGGUGAAGCAACCAAGGAUUGCUGAUAAACAAUUCAGGGAAAGUGGAGAGAUGUGUGCUGUAUUAAUAACUACUAGUCAUGAUUUAGAGUCUGAAUUGCUUCCCAAAGUGGUGGCUGUGAGAUCUAACCCAGAACACAGGUGGAUAAUUAUAUGGCCUGAAAAGGAUGAAAGUGAAAGGGCUGCUGAACCCUUAAUUGUGGGUGACAUGUCUACUCCGGCCAGUGGAGAUCCCUCCGCGACUGGGGGAGAAGGUAGUCAAUCUCGGGGCAUUGAAGAAAAAUUAGGUAACCAAUUAGAGGUCAUAGCUGAUAAGGUAGUACAUCAAUUGGAAAGGUGGCAUUAUGAAGGUAGUUACAGGCGAUUACGGCUUUUUUCAGGGAUACUUCCUGUGCCUACUGGCGAGGAACCUUAUGAGGCCUGGAGGGAGGCAGCGAUACAGCAGUCUGAGGAGUGGCAUUGCCCCGAUCAUAUAAAGAAACAAAGGAUAGUAGAGAGUUUACGGGGACCCGCUAUGGGAAUUAUUCAAGCUACUAGGAAAAGUAAUCCUGGGGCUGCUGUGGCUGACUACUUUCAGGCCUUAGAAUAUACAUAUGGGACAUUGGAGGAUGUAGGUGAUUUAGUUGCCAGAUUCCAUCAUACUUAUCAGGAGAUAGGAGAGAAGUUAUCCCAGUAUGUAUAUAGAUUGGAUAAAUUAAUUCAUAAAAUCGUAGAUAAAGGAGGGUUAGCUCCCGCUGAAAUAGAUAGUAACCGCUUGAAACAAUUAAUUAGGGGAGCAUUAACAACUGACCCUGUAGCUCAGCGGUUGCGCUGUACAACUUUAUUAUUAGGGAGUCCCACCCUUAAUGAUUUGAUUAAGGAAAUUACACAGGAAGAAGCUUUAAUCGCUAAUAGGGAAAAGACUCAUGCCAAAGCUGUCAAAGUGGUGGUACCCUCUCCUGAGGCUCCAGGGUCGAGGGAAGAUAAGUUAGUUACCUUGGUAGUGGAACAAAAUAAGAAAAUUGACCAGCUUAUUCUUGCUUUAAAUCAAAGGGUGGUACCCUCUAGCCUUACUUCCAGUAAUUCAUCUAGGGGGUUUAACAGUAGCAGGGGAAAUUUUAGGAGAGGUGGAAAUUUCAUAAGCAGAGGGUGUUUCCGAUGUGGACAGUUAGGACAUAGAGCAGUGGAAUGUUCUAUAGACUGGGGAAUGAAUGAAGUGGGAACUAACGUUCAGUCAAAUAAUUCCCCUCAUCAGGGAAACGAUGGUGGGAGAUUGGCGGGCCCCUCGCCGUCUCCCAGAAAUAAGAUGUAG